CUAUAAAUAUUUAACAGAGAGAGCACGUGCAAAUGACAGUUUCGUAAAAAUAAAUUAAAUAUUUAUAUAAUGAUUACGAGGUAUCAACAAAUAUAUAAAAACUCAAUAACUGUCAAUUGGUGAGCAGUAAGAAUGCGGUCUCCAAAUCCACUGCAGUUAACUCUCGCGAUUUUAAAACCUCACGUUAUCAAAAGUCCGUUCGCGCUCCAGAAAAUACGUGAAAUAAUAAUUGACAACGACUUCAAAGUCGUGAGGUCUCGUCGGACAAAGAUCACAUCCGCCGAGGCGAGUUUUUUCUACCAAGACCACAAGGAUAAAUUUUUCUACAACCGACUGGUGACGUUUAUGUGCAGCGGAGCUUCAGAUGUUCAUAUUUUAGCGCGAGAUAAUGCCAUCGUCAGGUGGAGAGAACUUAUGGGCCCCACAAAAGUUUAUCAGGCCCAAUAUUUAUCACCGGAAUCAAUCCGGGGCAGGUACGGGCUCUCUGACACCAGGAAUGCAACUCACGGGUCAGAUUCUCCUGAUUCUGUCAUAAGAGAAAUAAAAGUUUUUUUUAAUGACUUUGAUGUCAACGAAUGGUACGACACCGAAGAAAUUUAUUUUAAUCGCGGGCAAGUUAAGUUUUGUCCAGAUUUAUUUUUACAUAAAAUUGAUAAAACCGCAGAACCGGUAAAUUGAAUUUUUUUUUUAAUUUUACUCACUAGUCCAAAGAAAUUUUAAUCGUUAAUUAGUUUUUAAUUAUUAUUAUUACGGUACUAUUAAUUAAUAUUACUACUGAUGGCGAGUGUGAGCGUAGCAGACAUCCGACAAUUAUAAGUUUUAAAUAAACGUACAAAAUUAAUAUUUAAUAAAAAUGAAGAAAUUCACAUUUGCAGAAUUUAAAAAUCUGUAUGUGUAUUUUUUUAUUUUAUCUUUUUAAUUGUUUAGUUCGUUUCUUUAUAAAUUAAAAUUUUUCCUAUACCUGCUACAUCAUGAUACUGAAGUUAGCCGACGUCCAAUAAUUUUUGGAUUUUUUUUUAAACACUAAAUUAUUAAAAAAAAAAAUAAUUAAAAAAAUUUCACCUAUGGUUUAUUAAAUUUUCUACAUGUGCAUAUUUUUAUUUUUAUUUUUUUUUUUAAUUAAGCCGUUGAAAAAAAAAUUCGAAAAUUUUUAACUGUCUGCUAACUUCAAAAUCUACUACAUCCACAUACUGAUACUGAAGUUACCCGCCGUCAAAUAAUUAAUUGAUUUAAAAACGAUAAAUAAAAAAAAAAAAUAUUUAAAAAAAUGCACUUAUAGUUUUUUUAAUUUUCUACAUGUGCAUUUUUUUUUUUUUUUUUUUUAAUUGAUUUGUUGACCAAAGUAGAAUUCAAAAUUUUAAUUGUCUGCUAAACUCUAGGAUCGUUUACUGUAAAUAAAAAAUGAAUGAAAUUAUGAGUUUAAAUAAAUAUAUAAGAAACAAUUGUUGGCA